GGCGAGCGCCGCGGCAGCCGCGGCGGAGGCGGCGGUCGCGGCUGUGGCCUGGGGAAGUGAAUGGUUUUACCCAGAGGGCCGUGCGCCGCCUUUCUCCGCUGGCACCGGCGCUGCUCCCUGCUCCUCCCCGGCCAUGGCGUUCACGUUCGCGGCCUUCUGCUACAUGCUGGCGCUGCUGCUCACCGCCGCGCUCAUCUUCUUCGCCAUCUGGCACAUUAUAGCAUUUGAUGAGCUGAAGACUGAUUACAAGAAUCCCAUAGACCAGUGUAAUACCCUGAAUCCCCUGGUCCUCCCAGAGUACCUCAUCCACGCCUUCUUCUGUGUCAUGUUCCUCUGUGCGGCAGAGUGGCUCACACUGGGUCUCAAUAUGCCCCUCCUGGCAUAUCACAUUUGGAGGUAUAUGAGUAGACCAGUGAUGAGCGGCCCAGGGCUCUAUGACCCCACCACCAUCAUGAAUGCGGACAUUCUAGCAUAUUGUCAGAAAGAAGGAUGGUGCAAACUAGCUUUUUAUCUUCUAGCAUUUUUUUACUACCUAUACGGCAUGAUCUAUGUUUUGGUGAGCUCUUAGAACAACACACGGAAGAAUCGGUCCAGUUAAGUGCAUGCAAAAAGCCACCAGAUGAAGGGUUCUAUCCAGCAAGAUCCUGUUUCUAAGAGUAGCCUAUGGAAUCUGAUCAGUUACUUUAAAAAAAUGACUCCUUAUUUUUUAAAUGUUUCCACAUUUUUUGCUUGUGGAAAGACUGUUUUCAUAUGUUAUACUCGGAUAAAGAAUUUAAGUGGAAUUACGUAUAAAUUAAUAUAAAGUGAUUACCUCCGGUAUUGGCAGGUUUAAACUUGCACUCCUUAAGGAACAGCCCCAACCCUCUGGAUGACUGCAUUGAUCACUGACUGUCCUGGUCCAUUGGAAGCUCUGGUUCAUAGGAACUUGCAGGGCUCAUUUUGGUUUUACUGAAACACAUCUAGUUAUAAAUCAGCUGUAUGUAUCAGGUGCUACGAUGAGCUGGACUAUGUAUCUGAGGCGGGAAACAUCACGGGUUUCCCGAGCUAUCAUGGAGAUGAUCAUGUAUGGGCACAUGUACAAGAAUAAGAGUGGGAUUUUUUUCCCUUUGACUUGAAUAUUAUCCCUGUAUAUUGCAUGAAUGAGAGAUUUCCUGUAUUUCCACCAGAGUAACAAAUAUACUUGCUUUAAUUCUUAAGCAUAAAUGAACAUGGUAUAAAAAUAUGCUGAAUUACUUGUGAAGAAUACAUUUAAAGCUAUUUUGAAUGUGUUUUUAUUUGUAAGACAUUGCUUAUUAAGAACUUUGUUAUUAUGCUUACUGUUCUAAUCUGGUGGUAAAGGUAUUCUUAAGAAUUUGCAAGUACUUUAGAUUUUAAAAACAGAGAGAAAAUUGUAUAACCAUCCCGCUGUUCCUUUAGUGCAAUACAAUAAAACUCUGAAAUUAAGA